CUCCACCCCAUCUCGGAGGUGGCGCAUGCGCGCCGGGAGGGGCACCUGAGGGCGAAGAGGCUCAGCCAUGGCGGCUUCCAUGAUCUGCAGCCGGGCGUCGGCUGGGCUGAGGGGCAGCGGUCUCCGCGCCGUACUGGGCACCGCUACGGCGAAGGUACUUGGUGGAAGCCCAGGAAUACUCAAUAAUCAUGGAUUUCAGGUGCAACAGCAGCAACAGAGGAGUCUCUCGCUACAUGAGUAUCUGAGCAUGGGACUGUUGCAGGAGGCUGGCAUUGCUGUUCCACAUGGACUAGUUGCCAAGACACCAGAUGAAGCUUACAAAAUAGCAAAAGAAAUAGGUUCAAAGGAUCUGGUGGUAAAAGCGCAGGUUUUAGCUGGUGGUAGAGGAAAAGGAACGUUUGAAGGUGGCCUCAAAGGAGGAGUGAAAAUAGUUUUUUCUCCAGAAGAAGCAAAAGACAUCUCCUCCAAAAUGAUUGGAAAGAAGUUGUUUACCAAGCAGACAGGAGAAAAAGGCAGGAUAUGCAAUCAAGUAUUUAUCUGUGAGCGCAGAUAUCCCAGGAGAGAAUACUAUUUUGCAAUAACAAUGGAAAGGUCUUUUCAAGGUCCUGUGCUGAUAGGCAGUUCUCAGGGUGGUGUUAAUAUUGAAGAUGUUGCUGCAGAGAAUCCUGACGCAAUAAUUAAGGAGCCCAUUGAUAUAGUGGAAGGCAUAAAAAAGGAGCAAACUGUUAGGCUUGCCCAAAAAAUGGGAUUUCCUCCUAAUCUGGUGGAUGAAGCAGCUGAAAAUAUGAUCAAACUAUAUAAUCUCUUUCUGAAAUAUGAUGCUACCAUGAUAGAAAUAAAUCCGAUGGUGGAAGAUUCAUCAGGAGUUGUGAUGUGUAUGGAUGCAAAGAUAAACUUUGAUAGUAAUUCAGCCUAUCGUCAGAAGAAAAUCUUCGAUAUGCAGGACUGGACACAGGAAGAUCAAAGAGACAGGGAUGCUGCAAAAGCAGAUCUCAACUACAUAGGAUUGGAUGGAAACAUAGGCUGCUUAGUCAAUGGUGCUGGUUUAGCUAUGGCCACAAUGGAUAUAAUUAAACUUCACGGCGGAACUCCAGCAAACUUCCUUGAUGUUGGUGGUGGUGCUACAGUGCAGCAAGUGACAGAAGCCUUUAAGCUUAUUACCUCUGAUAAAAAGGUACUGGCCAUACUGGUGAAUAUUUUUGGUGGCAUUAUGCGAUGUGAUGUGAUAGCACAAGGCAUUGUUAUGGCAGUAAAGGAUUUGGACCUAAAAAUACCUAUUGUGGUACGUUUGCAAGGUACACGAGUUGAUGAUGCCAAGGCUUUAAUAACAGCUAGUGGCCUCAAAAUCCUUGCAUGUGAUGACUUGGAUGAAGCUGCAAAAAUGGUGGUGAAACUCUCCGAAAUAGUAAGCUUAGCAAAACAAGCUCAUGUGGAUGUUAAAUUUCAGCUGCCAAUUUGAAAUGAGGAAUGCCAUGCUGGUGUCUAACAUGUUCUCUGAAAUACUGUGUUCUGUGGGAUAGCUUUCAUUUUCUUGUGGAGGUUUUGACUAUUUGACAGGCGCACAAACUGAAGUACCCGGUUUUAAUGUUAACAUUCAGAAUGGUCAGAGUUCUUGUAAAAGCGUGUAUUGCUGAUCUUUUAGUCCUUCUUAGUUGUUUUCAAGCCUCUAGCUUCUGCUGCAGAAUGUCACUUGCGAUAUAUUUCUGCGUUGUCCGAAGUAAAGCUUCUGGUUGAAAAAUAAGUAUUCUGAAUAAAUUCUGAAGUUACUUUACUUGUAAAUUUCGUUAAAAGUAAAUAUGACUAGAUUAUCUGGUUGUCUAUAUGGAGAAAUGUAUUGAAACGGUAUUUUAUGUUGGAGACAGUUGUCCUUAGCAAUAUAAUGGAGAUGAGCUCACCAAUCAUUAUUUAUGAACAGGUGCAUUUGAACUUGAUCAGAAACAUUUUUAGAAGUGCUUCACUGAAGUGGCUGGUAACUCUUCUGGACAACGUGUUUAUUCACUACAAGAUAUACUGUAGCACUUAGAUUUUCACAAUUUCUGGUCCUUGCAAAAAAAAAGCAUUGUGUAGUUUUAUAUAUGAACGAGUAUUUACCAAACUUCAAGGAGACAGAACACAUAGAGAAUGAAAUUGUUUAUUGUAUAUUGCUAAUGAAAUUGUACAUUAAUAAAAUGUCUCCCAAAACUUU